UAAUAUAUCUGAAAUAUGGCUUUAAAGAAAGAUCAACCAAACUCAGAGGCAGAAGAAAAUGGGAUUCUUUUUGAUGCACGAAAUUUUUAUUAUAUCGGUAAUUUUAUGAACUGUAUUAACACAAUCCUUCCGGAACAAACAACUGGAACGCCCGAACUCUUAGCAUAUUCAUAUCUGUCAUAUUUAGCCAUACAAUCUGGUCGAUUAAUUAAUUCGGAAAUCGAUUCUGAUAAUAAAACUGCUUUAGUUGCAUUCCGAUAUUUAUACGAUUACUUUGAAAAUCCAGAAAAACGGGAAGAAAUCGUAUCGUUUUUCCAAGAAAAGUUGCAGCAGGAUGUUGGUGAAACAAAUAUAUGGCAAAUAGCUGCAGCUAUCAUAUUUGAUCAUGAAGAGAUGCAUGAAGAAACAUUAAGAGCACUACAAGGAUCUAACGACUUAGAAUGUAUGGCAAUGACCAUACAAGCAUUGUUGAAAAUGAACCGGGUUGACUUAGCAAAACCAAUUUUAGCAAAGAUGCAAGAAAAAAGUGAUGAUGCAACUCUUACACAAAUGGCUCAAGCAUGGGUUGGAAUAUGUAGUGGAGGUGAUGGUUUACAGGAGGCAUUCCAUAUAUAUCAAGAAUUCUGUGAAAAAUAUCCACCGACACCCUUACUUUUAAACGGACAAGCUGUAUGUCACAUUACACAAGAAAGAUAUGAAGAAGCUGAUGCUAUAUUGAAGGAAGCUUUAGCUAAAAAGCAUAAUGACUUAGAUACUUUGAUUAAUUUGAUAGUUCUUUCACAUCUCACUGGUAAAAGCUCAGAAAUUCUUACAAGAUACAUAGAGCAAAUAAGACAAUUCUAUCCCGAGUGUGAUUUCAUUAAAGAUUUAGAUAAAAAAUCUGAAGAGUUUGAUCGUCUUUGUACUUUUUACAAACCAGAAAUCAAUGUUUAGUUCUCCUUUCUAAUAUUAUGUAGAUACUUUUCGAUAUAUAUAAUCAUAUGUUAACAAAAAUGCAAAAAUAUUUUAGUUGUUCCGAAUCAUAAAAUUAUUUUUAAAACUUUUGCAAAAAUAAAACAUUAAAGAUGACAAAUCUA